AUGGAUGUGUUAACAGACAGCAGUCUCACACUGACCGUGAAGACUUCAGAACCGGAGAAUGCAAAUGCAGCGGAGAGCACAGGAGUAUGUGAGCAGAGCAGUGAUCUAAGGCUGCGUGGACUCGUUGAGGCUGCUCUUCCUCCAUCCUCACCUCCUCCUGCUGCAGAGACUUUACAAAGGGCCUGCCCAGCGCACCACAGGACCACGCCAACACCACCAACCGUCUCCCUGCCACUUGGCACUGAACCCUCUCUGGGCCUGACUGUGGCCCCUUGCCCUCCCACCCAUGAGGCCCCAGUUGUAGUCCCCCACCUUCAGACCACUCCCACUCCCACCUCACUUCCUACGCCAGCUGCAAGCUCCUGGGGCCCGACGGGAGACGGCCACAAGACCCCGGUUCCGCUGCCCAUUGCCCUCCCUCUGUCAGCUACAAUGAUGGAGCCUGGCACUGUGUCUGCCCUGACAGAAGAGUGUCUUCUUCAGCCUAGUCGCACCUGCCUUGGCUGCUUCAUCGAGAACCGCGAUGCUACUGACCCUAACUCCAUCCACAAUCCUCCGCAUGACCCCAACACAAACCCUGACUCAGAGACUGGGCUAAACGUGAGGAUAGGGGAUGUGGGCCGAGAGGAUUUCUCUGACAUCAACAACAUCAGCAUCCAGUGCCUCAGCCACGCUGGGGAAGCAGUGAGUCAUUACGGAGAGCAGCUACUGUCUGACCAGCUCCUUAGCUUCCCUCUGCCUAAAGCCCCAGGUGAGGGGAAGAGAACGGACGGGGACAAAACGACAGUGGACUGUGAUGAUCCAGAGGAUGAUGCAACAGCUAAGAACUUAUACGAGGGGCUGUUGCUGGACAAGGUGAGCGGCGAGGAGGUUCUGUUGGCUAAUGCUGGUCAGGACUGGGGCUACUUUGAGUCCUUCAUAAGCGAGAGCAAGAUGGAACUGUUGGACUUGUGCUCUAAGAACGAACUGUCAGUCAACCUUUUCUCUGAGGAAGAUGUUGACAACCUUUUUGAUGAUGAAGACGAUGACUCUACUUUGAGCAGCGAUGUUUGUUCCCUGAAGAUUCGUUACGAGUCCUUCCAGGACAACAUGAGGGAAAAGACCAAUGUGCUCCAGGAGGAGACCCAGUUCAACUUCUUCCCUAGUGUCCUGGCCAACUGUACCAAGAAAGAAGAGGGAGGAGGGGUUGUGAGGAGGGGUGCCGAUGAGCUUCAUCCUAAAACUGAUGAGCUCAUCCUGGGUGCGGGGCAGGAAGGAAAGGCUGGGGACUGCAGUGGUGGGAGUCCCCUUGAUGGAUCCCAAGGUUCACCCAUGUCCACUCCUAAAGUGAACUACCUAAUGGAUUUCAACUCCACUGAGGAGUCAGGCGAAUACAGUGAUGACAGCUCCUGCACUGGCUCCUCCUCAGACACCCUGCAGGAGGGCAAGCUGAAGAAGGGCCAUUCCAGGAGAUUUCUCAGCCCCUCCAACCCUCUCAACUACGGCUUGCGCUCUAAGAGGAAGGUCCGAUACAGUGAUGACUACCUGUAUGAUGUUGACUCCAUUGAGAGUGAGAGGAAUGCAGAGAAAAAAGAGAAAGCUCCCUCUGGUCAGAAAGAGGAGGAGGAUGUAGACUGGUGCCCUAAGAAACGUCGGAAAUCCUGCCGCAAGGAACCACCCGUGGUCAUCAAGUACAUCAUCAUCAACAGGUUCAAAGGAGAGAGACACAUGUCAGUGAAACUGGGGAAGUUGGACCCAGUGGAAGCCACUGUAAGCUUAAACGCCGACGCAGUGAGCAAAUAUGAGACACUGGCUCCUCUGAAGGAUUUCUGGCAGGAGAGGCAAAAAGAGAGAGAGGAGCAGCUUAAGCUGGCUGCCAGAGAUAAACGACAACGCAGUUUUCAUCUAAACGGACGCCAUCAUCGCCCCUUUAAUUCUAGUCAUCCCAAAAGGAAAUACAAGAUUGCAAACAGGCUUAAGGUUCAGAGGAUUCACACUGUGGAGCAAUCAGCAACGGCACAGGGCUCCCCUCUCUCUGAUCAGGGCCAGGGAGUUGCCGCUAAAGAGGAGACCACCCCCAUGGUAGGAGGAAUAAUAGCAGCCCCAGGCCUCCCAGUCACAUUAGACUCAAACUCCAUCACGCACACAGUCACAGCCAAGAGCCGCUCCCAGGAGAGGGAGGAGAGGGAGGAGAGGGAGGGGAGGAGACUGGGAGGAAAUAAAACAGUCAGGAUAAGGAAAUUCAAAAGCGAAGCCAGGCUGAGGAGCAAGAAAAUGAAAAAGGCAGAAGGAGAGGAAGGGAGGAGCGUGACAAAUGAAACGGAUGCCUGUGUCGCUACGGCACAGAUUGAGGACCCUACUGCUGGGUUAGGAGAGGCAGGCAUUAGCUCAACUACAGUCAGCCCCCAUUUUACUGACAAUACCACUACCACUCACACAUCCGAGGAGAAAUUCCCCUUUGUUUCCUCCACCUGCUCCCCCGACAAAGCUGCCUCCACAGAGGAGGUGGAAGCUGGGGUCCCUGUCAUCCCUGGGGGCUACCUGCAGACCCUGUUAGAUGCCACAGACUCCUCUGCUGGAGCAGCUAUCUCUUAUUUCCCCCAGCAGCCCUCUAGGCAGCAGUAUCCUCUGGGGCUGUCCCUGGAGGAGAAACAGUUUUCUUCUCUGCAGCUCGCUCAGAGCUGUGUCCUCUCUCCUCCCUCAGAAUCAGAGCUCCAGCAGUCGCCCCAGAACUGCCCCAGCUUCCCCCAGAUGUGGCACCCACAGCUCUGCACCAGUCACAGCCAGAGCUUUGGGUCUGAGACCCCAGAGACUCCCAUCCUACCCAACAACUUCCCUGCUGCCUUGCCCCUGAAUGACAGCCUGCCAGUGUCUAACUACAGCCAGCUGAGCCCUGAGGCUGACAGGCUGCUUUAUGAGAAGAGCUACCUGACCGAGGCUGGGCUGCAGCCCGGGGCAGAUCUGCAAGUGUGUCAGUCUGCCUGUGUGGAGGGCCAGGUGCAAUACCAAAGAGGGUCCCUGUGUACAGACAAUGGCAGGCUCAUCAGCUAUGACUCAGUGGGCUCUCUGUCAGCCUCCUCCAGCAAUUACAGCUCCCUCAGCCUCAAGUCUUGUGAACGUGAGGGUGAGGAGGAGGGCCGAGACAGCUUCCUAGCUCACUGCAGCCCCAAAGUGGUGAUUCAGCAGAGUGUGGAUGCCCUCACCCCACUCAGGGAGUCCUCAGACCUGCUAGAUAUCUCCAACUUCACCCCUGACAAGUUCAGACACUCAUCACUGUCAGAGCUUUCCCCUCCUGAGACCCCCAACCUGUCCCCUCAGGUGGUGGGGCGUGAGAUGAAGAUGGCAGGGAAUGUUGGAGAAUACCAGGAUGUGAAUGAUAUGACUCUGGACUGUAGUAGGGAGGUAAAAUGGAACUGUGAUGUUAUGCAGCAACAGGAGCACACAGUAGGCACGUACACAGUCGAAGACAGCCAGUUUCCACUGCACAAUUUUAACAGUCAGGAAGGAUUGUGUUUAGAUAAAAAAGAAUUGAUUGAUACAGACUUUGAUGAACAGACUGGUGACAUGCUGGCGGGUGCAAAAAGCAUAAAGUCAAAGAGAAAAGGCAAUUACAAACAAACAGCUGCAGGACAGGGGCCAAAGAAAGUCCGGGCCCCCCGAGCUCCCAAGUCAGAAAAGGUCAAGGCCCCCAAACAGAACUCCCGUUCCACCAAAAAGAUAAAGGCCAUGUUAGAGGGAAAAGCAGCAAAGAACCAGGCAGGUGGUUGUGGCACAGGCCUGACUGACAGUAGCAGCACUGGGGACUGGUCUGGCACGGGCUGGUCAGAGAGCAACAGUCUGGUAGGGGACGACCAGAGAGAAUUUGAGGAGCCCUCCAACAUUCUGUCCAACAUUGUCUCUGGCAUGGCUGAGGUCCAGAGGUUCAUGAUGGCCUCCAUUGAGCCGCUGUGGAACCCUAUGUCUGAGGCCUGUAUGCCCCCCGAGGCCAAUAGCCUAAACCUAAAGACCCUCAAAAUCUUGGCAGGCACAGAGGCCGACCUGAAGAAGAAAGGAGCCGGGCUAACAGGGGCUGGGAGAGGCAGAAAGGCGGGGGGAAAGGGAGGGAAAAACCAGGCCAAAUUCAACCCCUCGCAUCCCUUAUUCCCCCAACUAGCUCUGGGCUGUAACAUGUUUGAUAAACCCAACUUUAUUAACCCUGGGCCUGCACACAAAAAGCUGUACCGCCACAAGACCAGUGCAAAGUUCCCUCGGAUUGAGACACUGAAGGGGAAGCGAGCUGAGAGAGACCCUAAUAAGGACAUAGCACUGAUGACCUCUUUUGAGAAACUGAGGUAAUAUUUUGUUAUCAGCUGCUGUUGCACCCCCUUCUCACUUCCCCCCACUACCUGCUCAGUCCCUCCCCCCAAGCAUACCUACACUGACGCUAUGCCAGAGCUGCAUGACUACUACGUUCUCCCUGACUACCCCCACUUCCUUUUAACCCCUGAAGAGGAAAUUAAUAUCUGCAUGAAAAACUUCUUGUACUUUGCAAACUACCUAUUGAGUGAUUGUGUCAAGCUUGAUUGAGAUUUGAAAUGACCAUGGCUGCAUUUUUCUUGCUUUUGUUGUUUCUGCUUUGUUUGUUCUUCUUAUAGUCGUUUUUAGUUUUAUUUUUUGUCUGAAAAAAAUAAGCCUUGAAAACAGUUCUGUCGCCUUUUUUGAGGAACUUUGUUUUUGUAUUUUCUCAGCGAAACUAGCUGCCCUGAAUUAUGUAUUUAUUCCCCUUUUCCCUAAAGAUGUAGCUAUAUACAAAAAUGCAUUGAGUGACAUCUACGCACCCCUCCUCCUCAUCUGUUUUUGUAUGCAGAAUAUGGAUGUCCUGUUGUUGCUGUCCUUCAUACACUGCCUGGCUCAUUUCAAGAGGGAAAACUACAAAUAAUGAGCCCUAUUUAAGCCCAAGACAUCUUUAA